AUGACAGUUCACAGUUGACUCUUUGCAGUUGACACUGUUGACAACUGUUGACAAAAUAAGCUUUCCCGCGGUAGUAAAACUUUUGAGAAUAAAUAAGAAAUCUAAUAUGACUUCGGCGGAUAUACAAGAUUUUUUAAAAGCAUUUGAAAAUGUAAAAAAUGAUUACACAUGUCGCGUGUGUUCAGAAUUGUGCAAAAAUCCCGUUACACUGAGCAAAUGUUUCCACAUGAUUUGUGCAGAACAUUUCGAUAGCUUAAAAGCUUGUCCUAACUGCGGAAUUGAUCUUGAAGGAUGCAAUACGUUUACCGAUGAUCGGCUAAGCGUAUGUAUAGACUCCACAAAAGAAAUAAAUAACAUGCUCAAAAGAUUUAAACCUUCCGAAAUAAGUUCCAAAAAAGUUAAAAAAAAUGAUGGCACAGUCUUGAGCACCCACUCCGCCCAGGAUACCAUACGACCAGAGAAAUCUAGGCCCCCGCUGCUGGAUAUAUCAACAACUAGCAGUAGAUUUAGUAAAACAAAUGAAAAGAGAAAUAAUAAAGGAGAAACACCACUUCAUGUGGCAUGUAGAUUGGGAAAGGUCGAGAAAAUCACUGAAUUAUUAAACCAAGGAGCAAAUACAAAUACUAAAGAUAACGCUGGCUGGACACCCUUGCAUGAAGUUGUGCAGAACGGCCGGUUAGACCUUGUAAAGUUGUUAUUGCAGUACAACACACUUAUAAACGUCCCAGGGCAGAGCAAUGAAACACCAUUGCAUGAGGCGGUCAGGUAUAAACAUAUUGAUAUCGCGAGAGAACUUGUAACACAUGGUGCAGACCCAAACAUGCCCAAUAUCAAAGGAGAGACUCCAUUACAACUAGCUACUGAUGAAAUGAGAAAAGCAAUUAUGGAUGCCGCUGAGGACAUUGUCCAAACACAGUCUGUGAACAUAAUGCACAUGUCCAACUUGCAUUUAGAGUUAGAAAGUGAAGACAUACGCAUAUAUUGUGUGAGUCAGUACAAAACAGCUCAUAACAAAUUAAAAACAUUAUCGAGACAUCAUGAUAAUAUACACCUUGAGGUGAAAUUUACAAAGAAAGUGACGCAUCUAAUAGUGGACACAGAGGAUGGUAUAUGUGCUCCAAGUAUUGAUGUUCUUCAAGGCAUUGUUAGUUCCCUGUGGAUUAUAUCUUCAGAAUGGGUGACGAACAGCACGGAUGAUAAAUUAGAACCUUUUGACAAAUAUGAAGUGAUUGGAGUUGGAACAAAAACAUAUACAGGACCAAAAACUGCAAGAUUCAACAAAUACAAACAACUGCCUGGCUUGUUUGAUGGCUGCCAUUUCUAUUUCCACAAUUUCAACACAAAAUAUGAGAUUUCAAAGAGCAUUGUAGUUACUAAAGCUUUACUCAGCAAAUUAGUGACUGAUGCAGGAGGCAUUGUACUCCGCAGAGUGCCGAACCCAGAAUCAAUCCCCGAACAAGAGAAGUUGGUACCAUACCAUGCAAAACGGGAUGGAAAAUUGGCAAUUUGUUCUCAUUAUAUCAUUUUCAAGGAUAUGUACGAACCUAUGUACAAUAUGCGGCAUUUGAAGGCUCUUCCUAUUGGGUGGCUUAUUGAGUGCAUUGAAAAGUAUGAGUUGUGUGAACCUUGGUAAAUCAAAACAAACACAUACAGGAGUUACCCUCCUUAAAGAUUUUGAAUCUUCCUAUUCUACAAGAUUUGUAUUUUCGUAUCAUAUUCAACACUAUCCUAGACUUAAGUUUGGGUUAAUUAUUGUGAUUUACAUUCUAAAAUUAGACAUGUAACUUAUGUACUGUAAUUAAUUAAGCUAAUGUUUUGUAAUUAUAAGUUUGUUAUUAUACAGAAUUUAAAUUUUUUUGUUUUGAUAAUUUGAUAUUAAAGUUCAAAUCAUGUUU